CAGUUGUGGUACGCAUAACCAUUUGAGACUUCAGAAGUCUUGCCAUACACUGAGAACCAAAAUCAGACAAACAGAAAAGAAGCCGAGGAAAGAAUCAGCCAAAGCUACAUAUGGCGUUGCUUCAGCUCCAGUGCAGUAAUGGGGCAUUCUUAAAAUAUCCAAAACUAUAUCCCCUGCCUCAUGGAAGAGCAUACAGACCUUCCAGAAGCCUGUGCUUCAAAAUGCAGGCAUUUCCCUCUAGGACCCAGAGAAUAAUGGAGAACAUUUCAGUUAGUGGGGAAGUUGGUGGGGCUGGUGGAGCCUACUCUUAUAGUGCCUUGAAGAGGUUGGACCAACUUUGGUCUUCUAUUUGUGCUGCUCAAACAGCUGUGCAAGAACCCCAGAAAGUGGUUUCCACUAUGCCCGGUUCAUUUCUUGAUUCUGAUGUUGCUGAGAAGGCUCUAGAUAAAUUUGAUGUGAUUGUUUGUGGAGGGACCUUGGGAAUCUUCAUCGCCACGGCCUUGUGUUCCAAAGGUCUCCGAGUAGCCAUUGUUGAGAGAAAUAUUCUAAAAGGGAGGGAGCAAGAAUGGAACAUCUCAAGAAAAGAGCUUUUGGAACUCGUAAAAGUUGGAAUUUUAGGUGAAGAUGACAUUGAACAAGUUACUGCAGUGAAAUUUAAUCCUAACAGAUGCGGAUUUGGUGGGAAGGGUGAGAUCUGGGUUGAAGACAUCCUUAAUCUUGGCAUAUCACCUGCAAAGCUUAUAGAGAUUAUGAAGAAUCGUUUCGUUUCCCUAGGUGGAGUCAUCUUUGAGGGUAGCAGUUUUUCCAGCAUUCGCAUAUAUGAGGACGCAGUCGUCACACUACUUGCUGACGGGAAAAUUUUGUCUUCUCGCCUCAUAAUUGAUGCAAUGGGGAACUUUUCACCCAUUGUAAAGCAGAUAAGAUCCGGAAGGAAGCCAGAUGGUGUCUGCCUUGUCGUUGGCUCUUGUGCUCGUGGCUUUUCUGAUAAUUCUACAAGUGAUGUUAUAUAUAGUAGUUCAUCAGUGAGGAAGAUUGGAAAAUCAAAAGUCCAAUGCUUUUGGGAGGCAUUUCCCGCGGGUUCAGGUCCUACAGAUCGUACCACUUACAUGUUCACUUAUGUUGAUCCCCAACCCGGAUCACCAACAUUGGAAGAAUUACUAGAAGAAUACUGGGAUCUAAUGCAGGAUUAUCAGGGAGUCUCUCUUGACAAUCUUGAGAUUCUGCGCGUCAUAUAUGGAAUUUUCCCCACAUACCGUGACAGCCCAUUGCCAGCGGCUUUUAACCGUGUUUUACAGUUUGGUGACGCCAGUGGCAUACAGUCACCUGUUUCAUUCGGUGGUUUUGGGAGCUUGACAAGGCACCUUGAGAGACUUUCAAGUGGUAUAUAUGAAGCAAUCAGCGGCAACUUGCUUGACUCGUGCAACUUGUCCCUGCUUAAUCCAUACAUGCCCAACUUAAGUGCUUCCUGGUUGUUCCAAAGAGCAAUGUCAGCAAAGCAAGAGUCUAAUGUUCCACCAGAUUUUAUUAAUGAGCUCCUUUAUGCCAAUUUUGGGAGUAUGCAGAGGCUGGGCGAUCCAGACCUAAGACCAUUCCUUCAGGAUGUUGUACAGUUUGGGCCUCUUGCCAAGACACUAGGCCUAGUUAUGAUAACCAAACCUCAAAUUCUUCCAUCAAUAUUUGCACAGGUUGGUUUUCCUGUAAUUGUUGACUGGUCUGGACAUUUUGCCAUGCUAGGUUUCUAUACUCUUCUGUCAUCCUUUACAGGCCCUCUUAUAAGGCCAUUGUUAAGUGUACUUCCACCAGAGUUGAGAUAUCAGUGGAAGCGACGUCUUGAGGCUUGGAAAUAUGGAGCUGGUUUAGACUAUGAGCUAUGAAGAUCAUUCAAAACGACCAACAUAUUCAUCCCAAAAAAAAAAAAAAAAAAAAAAAAAAA